UUCCUCCUCCUCCUCCGACUUUGCAUGGGGUUGGGGUGUGCCUGGUGUCACGUCUGCCCACAACCCGGGCAGCAGCUCCGGCCGGUGACGUCAGGCCCAGGCCUCGCCUCCCCCGGCCUCCUGCCCACCCCCACCCCCGCUGCCUCAGUUUCCCCACCUCCAGGGCAGGCCGCCUGCGAGCUGGGGUGUCCCUGGUCUCCCGGGCGGAGCCACGCCUGGUAGCCGUGCCAUUGGCCGGGUGUCCAGGCACAGGGCGUGACUGGCCACUCGCCUCGCUCCGCCCUGGCUUAUAAAAGCGGCGGCGACGCCGGCGUGGGGAGUUUCUCAGCCGGCUCGCUCCGGGUUGCAGCUGCGCCGGCUGGCGCGUCACGGGUUCGAGACCAGGGUGAGGAACGGAGACGGGGCGGGGAACGGUACGCGAUGCUCUUCGACAAGGUGAAGGCCUUCUCCGUGCAGCUGGACGGGGCCCUGGCAGGCGCCGAGCCCGCAUUCCACGGCGGCGAGUCCGUGGCGGGCCGGGUGCGGCUGGAGCUGGCCGGGCCUGCGCGCGUGGGCGCCCUGAGGCUGCGCGCGCGGGGCCGCGCCCACGUGCACUGGACCGAGUCGCGCAGCGCGGGUUCGAGCACCGCUUAUACGCAAACCUACAGCGAGCGCGUGGAGGUCUUGAGCCACCGCGCCACGCUGCUGCUGGCCCCAGACACCGGAGAGCCCACGACCCUGCCCGCUGGUCGCCAUGAGUUCCCCUUCAGCUUCCAGCUGCCCCUGACCCUGGUGACCUCCUUCGAAGGCAAACAUGGCAGUGUUCGCUACUGCAUCAAGGCCACCCUGCACCGGCCCUGGGCCCCAGCCCGCCGGGCCAAAAAGGUGUUCACCGUCAUCGAGCCCGUGGACAUCAACACGCCCGCCCUGCUGGCACCGCAAGCUGGCGCUCGGGAAAAGCUUGCACGCUCCUGGUAUUGUAACCGGGGCCUCGUAUCCCUGACAGCCAAGAUAGACCGCAAAGGCUACACACCAGGAGAGGUCAUCCCGGUGUUCGCCGAGAUCGACAACAGCUCCACGCGGCCCGUGCUGCCCCGCGCCGCCGUGGUGCAGACACAGACGUUCAUGGCGCGCGGCGCCCGCAAGCAGAAGCACGUGGUGGUGGCCAGCGUGGCGGGUGAGCCCGUGGGCGCCGGGCGCCGGGCGCUGUGGCACGGCCGGGCACUGCGCAUCCCGCCCGUCGGCCCGUCCAUCCUGCGCUGCCGGGUGCUGCACGUGGACUACAGCCUCAAGGUGUGUGUGGACAUCCCGGGCACAUCCAAGCUGCUGCUGGAGCUGCCGCUGGUCAUCGGGACAGUGCCCCUGCACCCGCUCGGCCGCCGCUCCCUCAGUGUGGGCAGCCACGCCGGCCUGCUGCUCGACUGGGGGCCGGGAGCCCUGCCGGAGCACCCAGAAGCCCCUCCCGAGUACUCCGAGGUGGUGGCCCAUGGCACGGAGCAGGACCUCCUCCCGCCGCUGCCGGACCCGGACCUCAUCCUCGAAGGGCCAUUCUUCACCUACAUCCGGGAGUUCCGCUACCGCCCACCGCCUCUGUACACCGAGGAGGAUCCCAACCCACCCGCCGAGGCCCAAAGACAGCGCUGCAUGACCUGCUGAGCCGCAAUGGACGCCUCGAGGGAGGGCAUGGCAGAGGGAGCUGGCCAGACCACCCACGGACGGGCCUGACAUUUCCGAAGUGGGGAAGCUGAGUCGGCGGGAGGUGCCAGGCCGGAUUCUGACUUUGGCUGUUCAUGGAAGCCCUCGCACGCCCAACAGCCUGAGCCGAGAUGCUACUGCCGGUUGAGCUUUGGGUCCGGCCUCGGGGGUCCCCAGGAGAGAGAUGGAGAGGUGCAGCCACCUUAGGAGGGACCCUGGGCUGAGAGAGCAGAAGAAAGGGCCUUUUGGCUGAGGCUUUGCUGUGUGUGUAGGAGUUCAGUCAGAAGGCAGCGUGGAGUGAGCCGGAGUGUGUCUGUGUGGGGGAUGGGGAAUGUGGGAGGAGGUCAGAGCUGAGUGAUGCUUGAGGCCCACCCACUCGGAGUUGGACUCGGGGUGCCUGGGGGGGAGGGCAGUGGUCCUGCAGGCCCGAGGGAGGAGGGGACAGGUAACCCCCAGCUGUGCGACCCUAAGCGGUGUGG